AAAAUAAUCAAUGCUGAGAAAGAGGCCGAGGGCUUGCCUGCAAAGAGACCCAAGGUGGACCUACAGUCUCUGCCCACUCGGGCCUACCUAGACCAAACUGUUGUUCCAAUACUUUUACAGGGAAUGUCUGUUUUAGCUAAAGAAAGACCACCCAAUGCAAUAGAAUUCCUGGCAGCUUACUUAUUGAAGAACAAGAACUCAUUUGAAUGACUUAUGCAACAACCAGUGAUAUUUCAAUAGACGUUCCAAUGUAUAAUUGUGUUAUUGCACAAAUUUUGUAUAUAUAUAUUGAAUGAAUACAAUUUUCUUCAUCAUCAUUAUUAAAAGCAGUGGCUGUUUUGUUUCUUGUGAAUCAAAUAUAUUUUGUAUUACAUUGAAGUGCUGUUUAUUGUGCUAGAUAUAUAUAAAAAAGUUGGUUCUUUCCUUUAAUAGAAUGAAACAUCCCUUUUACAUCUUAACAUUCUCUUUGAACAGGUUAAAUUACGAAAGGGAUUUUUUUUCCUGCAAAAUAUUUUUUUUAUUCGAGAAUUUCAAAAAAUUUAAUUGAUUACCAAAUUGAAUGAUGCUUUUCAUAGUUGUUUUAAACUUAAGCAUGAUACAAUUUUAUAAACAUGUACAUUGUUAAACCAAAAAUUGAAGAAAAAUUAUUGUUUGAUGUUAUAUAAUCACAUAACAAAAAAUGUAUUAAUUAUAUUUUUUAUUAAAAAGGGAGACAAUCUAGUCCAAAACUCAAGUAAAUUUUUUAUCUUGUUAAAUUAAAUUAAGGUAUCUUUUAUUUUAAAAAAAAAGCUGUAACACUUGUAAAUCAUUUCAUUAACAUUAAAUUUUGAUAAAUCAAGGGGAGAGAACCUGUUGAUUGCCUUAGGAUUGGCUUACUGUGAUUUCUGGGCGGUAGGGAAUUGUGGGAAGGGGUUAAUAUUAUAAUACAUGUACAAUUCAGGGAUCAUGUGCGAGAGAUUUUUGUUAGAAUGAAAGGAAGAUUUUUCUUUAUGGUUAUUUAUAUUCUUGUACUCCAAAUGCUCUGACUCGAAAUAAAGCUCAUUCAAAUUUUUGAAAGAAA